CCUAUAAGAAAAGAAAAUUCCCCUCUUCUGUUGCCCAUUUCUUGACUGUGAAUAGUACCCAGGCACAUUGCACAAAUAUGCAAUGUGCAAGGUGGGUAAAGGGCAGGGAGAAAUCAAGAACCCAGCCUUACAUAUUCCCCAAAGCUCUCUCCCUGCAAACUCUCCACUUGCAGGGUGGCAGAGGCUGUCAGUAGAGCUCAGGAUCCACCAACUUCUUUGGCUGGCCCCUCUCCUCCAUCUCUCUCUCUCUCACAUUGCAAGCCAUUGACCACUCAUCAGAGCCAGAGCAGCUGCCAUUGUUGAGCAUUUAGCCAUUUGGAAGCUUGGGCUUUUCUCUCUGUGAGUGAGGAGGUUUGGGGUUGGGGGUGGUGCCAUCCAUCUAUCCCUUUGUGUGUGUUACUGCUUCCAUCCCCAUCAUUGCAGCCUUUUCCUUCUUCUUUGCCAUGUUGCUUUAAAGCUGGUUGUUUUGUGGUGUGCUGCUGUGGUGUGUGGCAACAAAAAGAGGACGAUGGGCUGUGUUCUUGAGGUUGAUGUGGAUGGUGAAGAGGUCUUCCUCGUUGAUAAGGUUGACAGCUUGCCUCUGUCGUCUGGGGAUUAUUGUUCUGUACUCUAGCUUCUGGUCUCUAGUGUUUCACCACCAAGUUCUUGGGGAUGAGUGAGGAAGUGUGUCACAUCCUGCUGGAAUUGAGCCUGUUUCAAUUCCUAGCAUUUGUUGUUUCCUCUGUCCAAAACUGUUUCAGGAGGUUCUUGCACCGUUCUGUGGUAGGAUCAAGAAUUUGGGUGGCGGCGGCGCCGGCGGCGAGGGGGUGGUCGGAGCUGCGGCGGCGGCGAGGGUCGUGUUGCGUGGGUUCCCUGGCGGUGCUGAGGCAUUCGAGCUCGUCGCGAGGUUCUGUUACACCGGCGGCGGCGGCGGCGGCGUCGCGGUGACCGCGUCGAACGCGUGCGCGCUGCGGUGCGCGGCUGAGUUCAUGGACAUGGCGGCGGCGGCGGCGGAGGUGUCGACACCGCCGAGCCUGGUGAAGAUGACGGAGAAGGCUCUCGACGAGAUGCCGCAGUGGUCGUGGCAGAGCGUGGUGGACGCCGUGAGGCAGUGCCAGCGGCUGCUGCCGACGGCGGACGCCACGGGGGUGUUCGACCGGGUCGUCGGCGCGCUGGUGUCCCACGUGGCCGUCUCCCCCGGGGACGCCACCCCGACGAGCUCCUCGCCGGAGAGCUCGGCGUUCCGGUUCUCGUGCGACACCAAGAGCAGCUGCCUCAGCGCGCGGUGCACCAGCCGCACCUGGUGGUUCGAGGACCUCGCCGUCGUCCUCGGCCCCGGCAUGGUGGAGCGCGUCGCCGGGGCGCUCCUCGCCAGGGGCACCGACCACGGCGUCGUCUCCCGGUUCCUCUUCUACUACCUCAAGUGCCGCGUCGCCGGCGCCGCCACCGCCGACGACAAGAGGGCGAUGCUCGAGGCGGCGAUCGCCGCCAUGUCCGGCCUCGACCGGAGCUCGGUCUCCUGCAGGGGCCUCUUCGGCAUCCUCCGCAUCUCCUCACCGCUCAAGCUCCCCACCUCCUGCCACGACAGCCUCGUCGCCAUGAUCGGCGCCAAGCUCGACCACGCGACGCUCGACAACCUGCUCGUCCCGGCGCCGCCCGGGACGACGAGCAGCCUGUACGACGUCACCCUCGUCCUCCGCUUCCUGGACGCCUUCCUCCACCACGCCGCCGCCACCGGCGCGCGCGGCGAGACGCCGAGGCUGAAGAAGGUGGGCAAGCUCGUCGACCUGUACCUCGCCGAGGUCGCCCCGGACCCGUCGCUGCGCCCGGCCAUGUUCGUCGAGCUCGCCACGGCGCUGCCCGCCGCGGCGAGGGACUGCCACGACGCGCUUUACCGCGCCAUCGACGUCUACUUCCAGGUUCACACGCGGCUGACGGAGGAGGAGAAGAUGAGGAUCUGCAAGGGGAUAAACUACGAGAAGCUCUCGCCGGAGUGCUGCAAGCACCUCGCCCGGAACGCCGGAUUCCCGACGAGGGCGGCGGUGCAGGCGCUGGCGUCGCAGCACACGGUGCUCAAGAGCCUCCUCCGCGGCGGCGGCCCGGACGAACACCUGAGGCCGGUGUCCGCGGCGAAGCACCGCGCCGGCGGCGAGGACCACGACGACCUCGUCGCCGCCGGCGGCCAGGUCGUCCUGUACGCCGGGAGGCUCGACCUGUCGCUGGAGAGCCAGAAUCUCAGGUCGCUCCUCGACGGGAUGCACUGGCGGGUGAUGGAGCUCGAGAAGGUGUGCAGCCGGAUGAAGACGCAGAUGAGCAAGAUGAAGGCGGCGAGGAGAGCCACCGGAGGCGGCGGCGGCGCCGCCGCCGGCCGCCGCGCUGCUUCAAGAUCACUUCCCCGGAUGUGUUCUUGAAGCUCGUUUCAUACUGAUUGUACAUAGGAGUAGCAGCAAAUGCAGAGAUGUGGUUCUUUCAUCCCUGCAUUCUUGCCCCUUUUUUUUCUCUUCAUUUUUUUUCUCAAUUUUUUUCCAUAUGUGUAUUAUGAUGAUGCAUCAGUUCUUGGUCACUGGAGAGAAGAGCUAGUAGCUGUGAAAAUUGGGAGUGUCUGAACUCUGAAGAACAUGGCAAUGCAUAUAGAUUGUGAAUAUAGAUUAACUAAAAGUCUAUAAUACCACAACUUCUUCUUCAUAA